AUGUUUACGCACAGUUUGGCGAGGGAUAGGAAGAGCAAACCAAAAUGGUGUACUGAGAGCACUCUGUGCAAGUGCACCGGGCUCUUCUUAGUAGCCGGCUGUAUAGCUGGUAUCAUAGUCUGGUUCGCAGUCUUCAAUGGUAGUACAAUCGGCAACAGUAAUGGGGGCUCUGAUAGCAACAACCCCAAUAUACCUGGCACGGACACAUAUGAUCAGACGUGUGCGGAUGUGUCUGCGGACAAAUGUGCUCGCUUGCAGCUGGAGGGAAACACGUUGGAGGAGGCGUUGGAAGCAACCUCCAUGAGUAAGGAAACGCGGUAA